CAAAAAAAGACAAGAAGUUAAAUAACUCAUAAACUUUAUUGCUUCCAGAAAAAGAAAAAUGCCCAUUUCAAGAAUUGCCAUAGGAAAUCUGAGAGAGGCUACCAAGUCCGAUGCCCUCAAGGCAGCCCUAGCUGAAUUCAUUUCCACGAUUUGUUUUGUAUUUCCUGCUGAAGGAUGUGUCUUGUUAUUUAGCAAGCUAAUCAUAUCCAUCGACCAAACUGCUAUCACGAUUGCAAUAGCGAUAACCCAUGGAUUUGCUCUUUUUGUGGCCGUUACGGUGGCAAUAAACAUAUCUGGAGGUCAUGUGAGCCCUGCUGUCACUUUUGGUGCCCUUGUGGGUGGACACAUUACUUUUGUUAGAAGUAUAUUAUACUGGAUUGCUCAAUUACUUGGAUCUGUUGCUGCUAUCUAUCUCCUCAAGUUUGCUACUAAUGGUUUGGAAGUAUCGGCAUACCCUCCAGCAUCACCAUGGCAUGCAGUUCUUUACGAGAUAAUAUUGAGCUUUUUGCUUGUUUACACAUAUUAUGCGACUGCAUUUGAUCCCAAGAGAGGUAACAUGGGAAUCAUUGCUCCAAUUGCAAUUGGUCUCAUUUGUAGUGCCAACCUCUUGUCUGGUGGUACCACUUUUAGUGCAGCAAUGAACCCUGCCAUGUCCUUUUGUCAAGCCGUAAUUAGUGGGACGUGGACAGACCAUUGGGUCUAUUGGCUAGGUACGUUUGGCGGUGCUGCCAUUGCUGCUUCGAUCUAUCAAACCAUCUUCAUUGGCCAAAACACCGACGAGCAGCUCCCCAUCACUAAUCACUAAAGAUUUCAACUUGUUGGAUCGCUAAGUUGUACUUGUUAAUUGUUAUGUUGUUAUCUCUUUUAUCAAUGUUGGUUUACUUUCUUAGCUUUUAUUUUAUCGUGAAAUGUUGAUAAAUGAAAUAAAGAUCCAUUUGUCUUC